AUGAUGAAGGCAUUAGGGACAGUCAAGCAGCGCCUCUUCGGCAUCGAGCACCAGCGCGUGGCGAUCGUAGCGGGGACCCUCUUGCUGGCAAGCCGCGGGUCUGGCUGGCCCUGGGAGGGUCGCACGCCGAGAUGGAGCGCGCCCUCGGAAACUGCCCACUACGGCGCGCAUGAUGAAGCUGAUCCUCGCCAAGGACCAGCCGACGUGCCAGAUCGUGCCGUGAUCUGGCACGCGCUGGCCACCGCCUGGUUCUUCCCGACGCGGGUCGGGGAGCACGCGUGGAGCGAGGGCUGGGGCCGCAGCAAGGUGCUGACAGGAGGCGACGUGGCCGCGCGCCCCGACGGGCGGCCCGCGUCGAACCUGAAGGAGGCCAACGAGGUCAUCGGCGCGUCCGCUUCGAGGAGGACGAUGCCGAGGCCGCCCAGGACACGGCCCCACAGCCGCGCCAGCCGCCGGAGCAGGCAGCCCGCAGACGGGGGCCGCAGCCACCCUCCCGAGGGCGCCAGCCGCGGGCGCGCCGGCGCCCCCGCUCGGGGCCAGGGCCGCCACCUGAGGAGAGCUGGGCGUCCAUCAGCCAGCGCCGGGCGCCUAGCGGCCUAG